AUGUCUAAAAUCUACAUUGGUAACCUGCCCUGGAGCACUGGUGACAAGCAGCUUGAGGAGGCCUUCAUCGAGCACGGCCAAAUCACUGACCACAUUGUCAUGACUGACCGUGAGACCGGCCGCUCCCGUGGCUUUGGCUUCGUCACCUACUCUACCCCCGAGGAGGCCGAGACUGCUGUUGCCGCCAAGACCGACUUCGAACUCGACGGCCGCCGCAUCACCGUCAACAUGGCCAACCCCCGCCCCCAGCAGCGCGGCUGGUAA